AGAAAGAAAGAGGAAGACGAGCUGUAACUCCACUGACCUCAUGCUACAUCAGCGGCAACUAUCAGCAGUGGAUCCAGAUCACUGAAGGUGAACUGUAAAGGAUCUUUAAGUCAGCCAGUGGAGAGAACUUCAAAUUUGACAUAUUUUUUAAAAGAUUUUGGUAGAAUUGUUUUUUGCUGACGCGUUGAUGCAGGACGAUAACAACAAAGAAACAUUGAUUAUACAAGAAGAAACACUUGUGGGAGUCAUCCUUUAAUUUAUCUAGAUUUAUUUAUUCAUUGCAUUAUUCGAAAAUUACGGAGACUGAGCUAAAAAUGGAGGACCAUGAGAUGAAAAUGAUUUCAUCAGACAACUCCAGCGACUUCACUCAUCCAAGCACAGAUGGAACUCAAGCAGAAAGAGGUCCACGCAAAGCACUUGGCCAAGGCCUGCUUUGUAAAGUCUGCUCUGACUUGAGUAGCGGCAAACACUACGGCAUAUACGCCUGCAACGGCUGCAGUGGCUUCUUCAAGAGAAGUGUGAGACGUCGACUCAUCUACAGGUGUCAGGCUGGAACCGGGCGGUGUCCUGUUGACAAGGCUCAUCGGAACCAGUGCCAAGCUUGUCGAUUAAAGAAGUGUCUCCAAGCUGGCAUGAACAAAGAUGCUGUGCAGAAUGAGCGUCAGCCUCGGAGCACUGCACACGUCAGUCUAGACUCCCUAAGCGUGGACACUAAGAAGGAGCACCUGGCCACCACAGAGGAACUCAAAUCCUCUGACAACUAUGCGUCAGUCAUUUGCAGACCUCAGGUCACCUCAUCUGUCACCACCUCUACCUCCAUACAACCCUGCAGCAACCCGAACACCAACCACCGCUUUAUGGUCAGCCUGCUGACUGCAGAGACGUGCGCGAAGCUGGAGCCCGAGGACGUGGAGGAGAAUAUUGACGUGACAACAAACGAUUCAGAGAGGGAUCAGACUCCCUUUGACUGUCAGAUGUCACCCUACACCUCCGGCUGCUCAGAGAGUGUAUACGAGACGUCGGCGCGUCUCCUCUUCAUGUCAGUCAAAUGGGCCAAAAAUCUGCCUGUUUUUGCUCACCUGCCGUUUCGGGACCAGGUGAUUCUUCUUGAGGAAUCGUGGAGUGAGAUGUUCCUCCUGUGCGCCAUCCAGUGGUUCAUGCCCAUGAAGAGCUGUCCUCUCCUGUCGCUGCCAGACCUUUCCCCCAAAGAGCAGAACAAGAGCGGUCCUCCCACGGCUGACCUGCAGAUCCUGGAGGAGGUCUUCAGUCGCUUCAAGGCCCUGGCCGUUGACCCGACUGAGUUUGCUUGCCUGAAGGCCAUUGUAUUGUUCAAGCCAGAGACACGCAGCCUCAAAGACCCAGAGCAGGUGGAGAAUCUGCAGGACCAGUCCCAGGUGCUGUUGGGCCAGCACAUCCAUUCAGUAUACCCCAGCCAGAGCACCAGGUUUGGGAGACUGUUACUUCUUCUGCCGUCCCUCCACUUCGUGAGUUCUGUGAAAAUAGAGCAGCUGUUCUUUCACAAGACCAUUGGCAACACACCCAUGGAAAAGCUGCUGUGCGACAUGUUCAAAAACUGAGCAAGCACGAGGGGAAGCUGCUGGCAAGCAACACGUUUUCUGCUGAUGAUUUCUUUCACAUUCAACCUAGCGGGUCUUAGUCGCUGAAGACUUUUUGACAUGUCACUGCGGUUAAACCACAGACACAAAUAAAGGCCAUCGUUAUGACUGGGUGAAUGUUGCUGCUUCUGUUUCAGGGCGCUGGUAAUGUGCAUGCCGAUUCAGUGUCUACCUCGUUCAUUGAGGCACUUUAAGAGGUCAGAGAGGUCAUCGUUAGCGUUAACCUGUUCCUUUCCUGCUGUGACAAGUCAAAAUGUCAAAAACAAAUAGAGCAUUCUGACAAAAUACUUCUUUUCCUCAGUUAAAAUCAAGCAUAUACUUUAUACAUAUUUCAGUUCUGUUAACCCCAGACUUACAUAAUCAUUCUGUAGUAAAGGUCCUGAGUUGCACUGGAACUAUUGUUUCUGUUUUUUAUUAUACCAUAUAACAACUAAAAAAAUAUGUGGAUUUAAAAUAAAAACAAAUACAGAA